UUGGCUUCUUUCUCAAGGCGGCCCCUGCCAACUUUAGGAGCGCGAUGAAUGAGUCUGAGUCGGGUUUCGAGCUGAAGAUAGGGUGUCUGGUGAUGGAUGCUUUCUUUUGGUUUCGCGGGAGAUAUGGCGGAGGAGAUGAAGCUUCCCCGGGUACCACUCUGGACGGCUGGUCCUCGUUCCCUUCUUGUUCAUGCUGCCACAGACUCAAUACGACAAAGGGUACUUGGAACCGAUGGAAAUAGAGAGAAAACCCUCGAGUUUCUUCCCGGAUUUUCCAAACUUGAGGUAGCUGAUUUACCUGAUGGAGUGGUAUCAGGGAAUUUAGAGUCACCCAUAUCAUCCCUGAUACACAAAAUGGGACAAAAGCUGCCAAAGGCCACUACUAGAGAAAACUCAUUCAGGGGCAAAAUCAAUUUGUCUCCAAAAGUUGAGAAUUCGUCCCCCGAAAAAAUUAGAGACGAAACCGUUUUGUGGCUAAAGUCAUCUCCUAAUGGUCAUCCCUAAUUAUUAAAGGCAACGGCUGAUAAAUUCCGUCUCCUAGUACAUUUGGAGAAGAAAUUAAUAUUGUCCCCCUAUUCAAUAAAAUUUCAUACCUAAUUUUUUGAGAUUGGCGGGAAAUUUAACUUUAAAUAGCGCCAAUGAGA